UGUUUGUGUCAACCCAUCUCAAGCUGUAUGCGACGUAAAUAAGAUCGAGUUCUCUUGGAUGAAAUUGAAUUUUCCAGCGUUGCAGUACGAAGCUGGCAAUGGCCAACUUGUGAAUAUAGUGCCUUUAAGUCGUCUGACUCCAAACAUGCCAAAAGACUCAGACAAGCCAGAGGAUGAAAGAGACAGUGAAUCUCUGGAGGAGAAGACGCAGGCCGCGUCUGAGGAGACGGUGAGGAAGAGAGUUCGGGUAAACACUCCCAGCCCACACAGAGGGAACACCCCACAAGCUAGCCCUCCCAGGUUUGUCUCUAUGGAGGAGGUAAUGGAGACAGCUAAAGGAGUCAGUAAUAUGGCUUUGGCCCAUGAGAUCAUGGUCAACCAAGAAUUCCAAGUCAAACCUACAGAACUCCCAGAGGGAAGUUUGGAGCGCAGAGUGAAGGAGAUCUUGCACAAGGCAUUCUGGGAUUGUCUGGAGACUCAGAUGAAUGAGGAUCCCCCGUCAUAUAAUCAUGCCAUCAAGCUGCUUGCUGAGAUCAAAGAGACCUUACUGUCAUUCUUGCUGUUGGGCCAUGGUCGCCUGCGGGCCCGUAUAGAGGAGGUUUUGGACCUGCAUCUGAUCCAGCAGCAGGCUGAGCACAGGGUGCUUGACAUCAGUCAGCUUGCACAGUUCAUUGUGGGGACCAUGGGCUCAUUGUGUGCCCCCUGCAGAGACGAGGAUAUCCAGAAGCUUAAAGAGACCACCGAAUUGGUGCCUCUGCUUAAAGCGAUAUUCUCUGUUUUGGAUUUGAUGAAGAUGGACAUGGCAAACUUUGCCUUAAGCAGCAUCAGGCCCUAUCUCUUGCAGCAGUCAGCUGAAUAUGAAAGGAACAAGUUCCAGGAAUUCCUGGACAAACAGCCCAAUGUGUUGGACUACACUGAAAAAUGGCUUCAGGACACAUUGGACUGCUUAAGAGAAGGUGGAGCAGAUGACUCUGGAGCAGCCUCAUGUCCUUCUUCCUUGGUUCCACUGAACAUCCAUAAUCAUGCCUACUUGCGCCUCCUGAAGUGGCACCAUGCCUCAGACCCCUUCCCAGAGACAGUGGUGAUGGACCAGGUUCGGUUCCAGGAGAUGCAGCAGGAGGCUGAGCAGCUGGUGAUUCUAUCCAGUGUGCUCCUUAUUGUCUAUACCACUAUGGGGGAGGCCAUCUCUGGCCUGCCAGGGCUGAUGGAAACACUUAAGGACACCAUCAAUGCAAUUCUCGCAGACAUGCAGACACCGUCUUUUAGCGAAGAAGAGACCUUAGCAACCAUUGGAGAGAGGUUGUGCGUUGAACUCAGCCAGCGUCUGAACCAGCAUGGUUACUCUCCAUUUUCCACUGACCGACAGAGCACUUUAAAGGGACAGAUCUUGGCCACCGGCCAGCCAGACAACACUGUUCGCAAGCUGAUGGACUCUCGGAUCCAGCGCUACCUACUGGCGUCCCUGGAGUCCACCCAUCAUAAGACCCCUCCUCCUCACCCAGGGGGGCUGACUCCAGUCAGCAGAGAGCUGACAGAGCUUGCUCGUCGCUUUUGUCGCCUGGUCAACUUCAACAAGCAGGUGUUUUCUCCAUUCUAUCAAAGGAUUCUCCAGAACAUACUGACGGCCGUAGAGAGCCGAGGCACGGAGAAAUAAACACUGAACUGUGGAGGGGGAGCAGAAAACUGUUUGAGGUUUAAAGGAAUACUUUGGAAUUUUUUAAAGUCUAUCCCAAUUUUAUACUCACUGCUCACAUAGUAGAUAGGCUGGUUCACUUUCCCCAUCUUCCAUCCUUUUCUUCAUGCUGAAAAUGCAGCUCCAGCACACAAUCUAGAGUUUAAUGUAGUACAUUGGGGACAAAUCUGCAAUUUUCAUUCAGUACAAAGAAGUGCUCCAUGGCUCUGCCGAAGCUACCAUGAUGCUACAGCAGUCUACCAUAACAAAUGUGAGUGGUUGUUUUAAGGAUGUACAGCUUUUUUUUAAUUUCUAAAUUCCAUCUUGGUGUUUGCUUUGCUGUGCCAUGGCGGAGAGAUUCCCAUGGGUAAUCAUUUGUAAGCUGUGUUGCAGGGAGUUACACAGUAGGAAAACGGCUGUAAUAAAUGAAAGAAAUCCAUCCAUCCAUUAUCUGAACCGCUUAUCCUGCUCUCAGGGUCGUGGGGAUGCUGGAGCCUAUUCCAGCAGUCAUUGGGCGGCAGGCGGGGAGACACCCUGGACAGGUCGCCAGGCCAUCACAGGGCCAACACACAUUCACACCUAGGGGCAAUUUAGUACGGCCGAUUCACCUGACCUACAUGUCUUUGGACUGUGGGAGGAAACCGGAGCCCCAGGAGCAAACCCAUGCAGACACGGGGAGAACAUGCAAACUUCACACAGAGGACGACCCGGGAUGACCCACCAAGAUUGGACUACCCCGAAGCUUGAACCCAGGACCUUCUUGCUGUGAGGCAACCUCGCUAACCACUGCGCCACCGUGCCACCCUAAUAAAAGAAAUGACCAUCAGAAUUCACUAUAAUGAAUGCUGUAGCAUCAUGUUAGCCUUGGCUAGAGCAUUGAGGUUUUUUUUGGCACUGAACAAGGAUUGAUUGCAGAUAUGCACCCCAUUAAUUGCAUUGAAUUCUACAUGGCAAGCUGGAGCUGCAGGUCCAGUAUGAAUAAACAGACUGUGAAAAUGAAAUCUAUCUAUAUGCGCUACAAGAGUCUACUACUCUUGGCUGCUCCCGUUAGGGGUCACCACAGCCAAUCAUCCGUUUCCACCUCUUCCUGUCCAUCUUACUCUGCGUCUUCCUCUGUCACGCCAGCCAUCUGCAUGUCCUCCUUCACCACAUCCAUAAACCUCUUCUUUGGCCUUCUUCUUUUUCUCUUGCUUGGCAGCUCCAUAUUCAGCAUCCUUCUUCCAAUAUACCCAGCAUCUGUCCUCCUCACAUGGCCAAACCAUCUCAAUCUCGCCUUUCUUACUUUGUCUCCGAACUGUCCAACCUGAGCUGUCCCUCUAAUAUUCUCGUUCCUACUCCUGUCCUUCGUCACUCCCAGUGAAAAUCUUAGCAUGUUCAACUCUGCCACCUCCAGCCCUGCCUCCUGUCUUUUCAUCAGUGCCACCAUCUCCAAAACACAACAUAGCUGGUCUCACUACCAUCUUGUAAACCUUCUCGGCACGGUGGCCCAGUGAUUACCUUCACAGCAAGAAGGUCCUAGGUUCGAACCCCAAGCUGUCCCAGGUCCUUUCUGUGUGGAGUUUGCAUGUUCUGCCCAUGUCUGCGUGGGUUUCCUCCGGGUGCUCCGGUUUCUUCGCACCAUCAAAAGACAUGCAUGUUAAGGUUAAUACUUCUGUCUGUGCCCCUGACCAAGACAAUGGGAGAAGAGCUGGAGUUGGUCCCCGGGUGCUGCAGCUGACCACUGCUCCUAUACAGAGGAUGGGUUAAAUGCAGAACACAAAUUUCAUUGUAACCGAACAACUGUACAAUGGCAAAAAUAAAGUGGCUUGAAGUGGCUUUUUUUUUUAACUCUUGCUGGUAACCUUCUGUCGCAAAUAACUCCUGACACUCUUCUCCACCCACUCGCUUGCACUCUCUUCUUCACCUCUCUUUCUCACUUUGAAUAGUUGACCCCAAGUAUUUAAACUCAUCCAUCUUUUUCACCUCUACUCCUUGCAUCCUUACCAUUCCACUGUCCUCCCUCUCGUUCAUGCGUGUGUAUUCCAUCUUGCUCUUACUGACUUUCAUUCUUCUUCUAUGCAGUGCAUGCCUCCACCUCUCCAGGCUCCCCUCAACCUGCACCCUACUCUCGCUACAGAUCACAAUGUCAUCCGCAAACAUCAUAGUCCACGGAGACUCCUGCCUGAUCUUGUCCGUCAACCUGUCCAUCACCAUUGCAAACAAGAAUAGGCUCAGAGCUAAUCCUUGAUGUAAUUCCACCUCCACCUUGGACCCGUCGUUCCUACCACACACCUCACCACUGUCAUACUGCCCUCAUACAUAUCCGGCACCACUCUUACAUACUUCUCUGCCACGCCCAACUUCCUCAUACAAUAGCACACCUCUCUCGGCACCCUUCCUCUGUAUACUUUGUUGUACUUCCUCCUUCCACCACCAAGUCUCCUCUUCUUCCUUCCUCUGUCCAGAUGACACACCAAGUAGCUUCUUGGCUUAGUGAGGAAGUGGUUGCCCAGCCAUCUGGCAACCCUUCGCUACCAUGCAGCACCUGUCUUAACUCCUCCCUGAACUCCACACAUCAGUCUUCCUUCUUCAACUUCCACUGUUUGAUUCUUGGCUCUGCCUUUACUCUCUUCCUCUUCGUUUUUUAAAAUUUCCCCCCGUUUUCCCCCCAAUUGUAUCUGGUGAAUUACCCCACUCUUCCGAGCCAUCCCAGUCACUGCUCCACCCCCUCUGCUGAUUCAGGGAGGGCUGCAGACUACCACAUGCCUCCUCCGAUACAUGUGGAGUCUCCAGCCGCUUCUUUACACCUGACAGUGAGGAGUUUCACCAGGAGGACAUAGUCUGUGGGAGGAUCACGCUAUUCCCCCCAGUUCCCCCUUCCCCCUGAAUAGGUGCCCCGACUGGCCAGAGGAGGUGCGAGUGCAGCAACUAGGACACAUACCCACAUCUGGCUUCCCACCUGCCGGAGGUAACACGGGGAUUUGACCCGGCGAUCCCUGUGUUGGUAGGCAACGGAAUAGACCACUACGCUACCCGGACGCCCACUCUUCCUCUUCCUGAUCACCAAAGUCAUCCUACAGACCACCAUCCGAUGCUGCCUAGCUAUGUUCUCCCCUGUCACUACCUUGCAGUCUCCAAUCCCUUUCAGAUCAUGCUCCUAUAUAAGAUGUAGUCCACCUGUGUACACUUUCCUCAACUCUUAUAGGUCAUCCUGUGUUCCUCCCUCUUCUUGAAAUAUGUCACUACAGCCAUUUCCAUCCUUUUUGCUAAAUCCACAACCAUCUGUCCUUCCACAUGUCUCUGCUUGACACUGUACAUACCCAUCACCUCCUCAUCACCUCUGUUCCCUUCACCAACAUGCCCGUUGAAGUCCGCUCCAGUCACCACUCUCUCCUCCUUGGGAACACUCUCCACCACUUCAUCCAACACAUUCCAGAAUUCUUCUUUCUCUUCCAUCUCACACUGAACUCCAUCAUGCACUGAUAACAUACAUCUUCACACCUUCGUUUUCCAGUUUCAUACUCAUCACUCUGUCCGACGCUGUAGGCCUCCAAACGCACUGUUGACAUACUCUUCCUUCAGAAUUACCCCUACCCCACUUCUCCUCCCAUCUGCACCAUGGUAGAAGAGUUUAAACCCACCUCCGAUGCUCUUGGCCUUACUCCACUUCUACCUGGUCUCUUGCGCAUACAGUAUAUCUACCUUCCUUCACUCCAUCAUAUCAGCCAACUCUCUCCCUUUACUGGUCAUAGUGCCAACAUUCAAAGUUAUGACUCCCACCUCCACACUCAUACCCUUCCUCUUGUCUCGCUGCCUCUGGACAUGCCUUCCCCCUCUCCUUCUCCUUCAUCCAACAGUAGCAUAGUUUCCACUGGCACCCUCCUAGGCCAACAGUACCGGUGGUGGUCGUUGGUAACCUGGGCCUCGACCAAUCCAGUUUGGAAAUCUGAUUUCUGAUCUGCAUAUUUGAUUUGGCAAAGGUUUUAUGCUGGAUGCCCUUUCUGACUUUCUGACUCCUCAUUUAUCCGGGCUUGGUACCGGCACUAAGAAUGCCCUGGCUUAUGUAUCCUCAGUGGCUGGGUGUAACAAGAGUGGUGAAUUUAAAAUAGGGAUCGACUUUGAAAAUUCCAAACUAUUUCUUUUCAUAAAGGGCACAGAAAUUGGCACUAAAAGCAGGCGCCACCAGAUUAUGCAUCUCAAAUUAACAUAAUUUUAAAAAAAGUGUCUAACACUUGCUACUGCUUACAGUGUUGCUUAUUUGAUAAACUCUCAGGCCUCAGAAUUGCAUCCCUAAGAUAACUGUUACUGUCACUUUGUGUUUCAUAAAAUGUAGUGACAAUGGUCGCAGAUAGCACAGAUGUUAAAUGUACCGUAAAACACCUUACUGCAUGCUGUAUCGACCAAAAUGGCAAUCUUGCAAGUUACUGUAUAUCACAGAAGAGGAACGUAAUUUGUGAUCCAGUGAGGAGUUUUGAAGGGUAACUAGAAUGUUGUGGACCAACUUGAAUUUUUACAUUACGUUUAUUUAUUUAUUUUAUCAGUGUAUGAUGAUUGUAGUGGUUCAUGGUCAUUGUAGAAUAUUAAUGUUUUAUGAGCACUUUCCCAGUUUGCUUUUGCUAAUGACACUGUUAGUGCAUAUUUCACAGUCAUAUAUCCUCUAAAUAACAUAAAUUGUCACUUAGCUGCAAUCUAUUUGGCUAACAUUUAGUCACUGAACCCUUGUCAAAUUAUGUCCCACCUGCCCCCAUUAACGACAUGCAUUCAUGACUAAUUACAUCUAUUACAUCAGUGUUUGUCUUGAACUUCAACUACAUGGUCAAUAAAGAA